CAAAAAAAGAAAAGCUAGCAACAACAAUAUCUUACAAUUCUUAAGAGAAAAUCAAAACAGUUCUUAGAGAGAAAUGGCUAACUUGAACGUUUCCGCAAAGGAAAACAACCAAGUGAACGAAGAGAAGCCUCCACCGAGAGUGUGUCCAAGGUGUGAUUCUGACAACACAAAAUUUUGCUACUAUAACAACUACAGCCAGUCUCAACCGCGCUACUUCUGCAAGAAGUGUCGUAGAUACUGGACUCAUGGUGGGGCUUUGAGAGACAUACCGAUUGGUGGACGUUGCCGUACCCCCAAGCGUCCGAGGAUAGAACAGUCUUCGGUUUCUCUGAUGGUUUCCAUUGAGAACCACCAACCAGGUAAUAAUCACCAACCUUUGAGACAUGUUCAAGAAAACAGCAGGUUUCUUGGAUCUUUUGGUGGUUCCUCUACUUCUUCUGUUGCUACUUCCAUUGUUGGGAACCAGUUCGGUUACAUGACUGAAGUUCAUAGUGUAAGUGUAACCAAUGUGCCUCCAGGUCGAAGUUUUCGACCAAUACUACUGGAGCGCUUGGAUUUUGGUGAGGAACCGUAUCAGCAAGGGUUUUACGAUGUUGGAACCAAUGAUUUGAUUGGUAAUCCUUUCAUCAACCAAUCAAUUGGUGAGUACGUUGAUAAUCUAAACAGCUAUGGCAUAAACCAAAGCAGCUUCAACAACACUAUGAAUGGGAGUCAUGAAGCAAGCUCUAGUGGAAGCAGAGGAUCUUCAGGCACCGAGAUGAACAACGACGACAACAAGAAGAAGAUCGGAAGCAACUUUUUCUUUAGGUCUGCUUAACCAUUUCGAUAAAAAUCGUCCUUAAAAUAAAUUUAAACCGUAUUAUUACCUAUUCCCUAUUUCUUAUGUUAAUGUUUUAAUUCAGUCUUUUGGUUCUGUUUUCGUUUUCUUUUUCUUUUUCAAUUGUCGUUUCUGUUUUUGUUGGGUCUUUAAAAAAAAAAAAAAAAAAAAAAAUUGUUGGGUCUUUUUUUCUAGUAAUUAAAAGUUUGCAUCAUUGUAGCCCAAAAGAUUAAAGACAUCAGUUGUUUGAUAUUUUGUUUUCCUAAUAAUAUAUAACUAUCGAAGCGUCAUCAGUUCA